GGGCAGGGCUCCGGAGAAACCGGAAGUGACUUCUGACGGGCUCUGGACCAGUUCCGAUGACGGUCCACAAUCUGUAUUUGUUUGACCGUAAUGGAGUGUGUCUGUACUACAGCGAGUGGCACCGCAAGAAGCAAGCGGGGAUACCCAAGGAGGAGGAGUACAAGCUGAUGUACGGGAUGCUCUUCUCUAUCCGAUCGUUUGUCAGCAAGAUGUCUCCAUUGGACAUGAAAGAUGGCUUUCUGGCCUUCCAAACUAGCCGUUAUAAACUCCAUUACUAUGAGACGCCCACUGGAAUCAAAGUUGUCAUGAACACAGACUUGGGCGUGGGACCCAUCCGGGAUGUGUUGCACCACAUCUACAGUGCGCUGUAUGUGGAGCUGGUGGUGAAGAAUCCUCUGUGCCCUUUGGGCCAAACUGUGCAAAGUGAGCUCUUCCGCUCUCGUCUAGACUCCUACGUCCGCUCUCUGCCCUUCUUCCCGGCCCGAGCUGGCUAA